AUGUCGCAAACAACUCAUAUCAUCGACCAUGAUGGUGAAGUCAUCAUCGUCUUACUCAAUGCAAACUCGCCAUUUGCAGGGAUUGUGGAUCUAAGCUCCUCUCCUCCAGAAUACGAUAUCGAUACUCAAAGCUCUGUCAGCGAGAGCACCGAAGUGACCGACGAUCCAAAUUCGCCGAUUUUGUCUGCAGAGACAAAGAAGAAACUUGGAGAGCAAGGCAUUUUGCAACACCCAUCGGCCUCCGGUGCUCUUUCUCUCUACGACAAUGCACCCGGGUGCCGGGCAGACGACUCGCCCAUCGUGUACAUCCAGGUCUCCGCCAAGCACAUGAUGCUUGCGUCCCCGGUUUUCAAAGCAAUGUUGACCGGCGGGUGGAAGGAGAGCGCGCAAUUUUCACAGAAAGGCUAUGUCGAACGCAACCUGACGCUUGAAAUGCUGGCCAAAGUUGCUGUCAUCGCAGACUUCUAUGGGUGCAAGGAGGCCUUGCAUAUCAUGGUAGAUAUCUGGGUCACAGGUCUGCAGGAAAAGAUCCCCGACGAAUACUGCCGGGACCUUCUCCUAUGGGUAUGGAUAUCUUGGUUCUUUGAACUCCCCUCCUAUUUCGAACAUUCCACCGCGCUGGUCAUAGUGCAGAGUGAAGGCCCGAUCAACGGGUGGGGAUUGCCAAUCCCAAAGGAAGUCCUUGGGAUGAUGAAUGAGGGCAGACGAGGGCCCACCGGCAACCUACUCCAGUGCCUUCGCGGACUAAAGAAAGCACUUCUGAGCCGCCAAUGGCGAUGA